UUCCCCGCCCCCCACCAUUGCAGACAUAAGCACUUACUACUACUAAUAAUAAAGCUGUGCCUGUGAGUCAUUUCCAUGGAGUGCCACCGCUAAUGGAGUGUCAAGAAGAGAAGCCCAUCAUUUAUACUAUGGAAAAUAAGCCGAUUGUGACAUGUGCCGGAGACCAGGGCUUGUUCACGUCUCUCUACACCUCCUUGGCUCAGCAGCUCCCCAGGGAGCCCAUGGAGUGGAGGAGGACAUAUGGCCGAGCUCCAAAAAUGAUCCACCUUGAGGCUAACUUUGUCCAGUUUAAAGAGGAGCUCCUCCCCAAGGACGGCAACAAGGCACUCCUCACCUUCCCAUUUCUCCACAUCUAUUGGACCGACUGCUGUGAUACGGAAGCAUACAAGAGCACGGUGAAGGAGGACAUGAUGCGCUGGCAGAACAGUCUGCGCACACACAGCUCUGCCGACUGGGUCAUCAUCGUGGUGGAUACCAGUGACACCAGAAAGAAGAACAAAACUAACAUCCUGCCCCGCUCCUCCAUCGUGGACAAGAUACGUAGUGAUUUUUGCAACAAGCAGAACGACAGGUGCGUGGUACUGUCAGACCCUCUGAAGGAUUCAUCCCGAUCUCAGGAGUCCUGGAAUUCUUUGUUGCUCAAGCUGAGAACCCUUCUUCUCAUGUCCUUCACCAAGAACCUGGGACGCUUUGAAGAUGACAUGCGUACCCUCAGAGAGAAGCGUACCCAGCCUGGCUGGAGCUUCUGUGAAUACUUCAUGGUCCAGGAAGAACUCGCCUUUGUGUUUGAGAUGCUGCAGCAGUUUGAAGAUGCCUUAGUGCAGUACGAUGAACUGGAUGCUCUUUUCACGCAGUAUGUCCUUAAUUUUGGAGCUGGAGACACUGCCAAAUGGCUGGGCUCAUUUUGUGCCCCGGUGCGGAGCUGGAGCGGUCUGCUGCUACGGCGGCCCAUUGACAUGGAGAAGAGGGAUGGGAUCCAACGUGGCGAGGCAAGCCUGUUGGAUCUGAGGAGCUACCUCUUCUCUCGCCAGUGCACCCUGCUGAUCUUCCUCCAGAGGCCCUGGGAGGUGACCCAGAGGGCGCUUGAACUGCUACACAAUUGCAUCCAGGAGCUGCGCCUGCUCGAGGUGUCUGUGUUGGAGGGGGCACUGGACUGCUGGGUUUUCCUCAGCUGCUUGGAGGUUCUGCACAGGAUCGAGAGCUGCUGCGACCAGGCUCAGUUAGCCGCAAACAGCUCGCACACUGUGGGGCUGUGGGCCUACGCCACCGACAAGCUCAAGUCUCUGGGCGAGCUCUGUGGGCUGGUGUCCUGCACAGGUCCAACCUCAGAAGACUUGAACAGGACUGUGGACCUGCUGGCCGGACUGGGAGAUGAGCGGCCUGAGACUGUGAACAGUCUGCAGAGCCCCUACAAAAAGCUGAAAGAAGCCUUAUCAUCUGUGGAAGCUUUUGAACGACAUUAUCUUGAACUGUCCCAUGCUGCCAUGGAAAUGUACCGGGGCAUCGGUCGGCUCCGGUCAGCCCGGCUGGUAGGAAAAAGCCUGGCAGAAUUUUACAUGAGGAAGGAAGACCCUGAGCGAGCAGAAAUCUUCUUACAGGAAGCACUCAAGUCCUAUGUGUCUGAGGGCUGGAGCUUCCCGGUCACACACACCAGGAAACAGGUUGCUGAAUGCCAGAAGCUACUGGGGAGAACUGUUGACUCCCUUCAGACCAGCGCCUUGUUGGCCGGCGACGCCAACCUCACCAAAGAAGAGAGGAGCCGAUUCUGUCAGGAUGUCCUGACCUUUGUUGGCAAACCUGGAAAUCAGAGUCCCGCAGCUUCUGCCAAGGUGACUCUGAGCAUGGGUGUCUUUGCUCAGCUCACACGGCUACAGUUCCACCCGGCCAGUGCCUCUGUGCAUUCAGGUGCUCUCCUGCAGGUGGAGCUCACGCUGCGAUGUUUAAUGCCUAUGUCUGUGAACGUAGAGGAACUAGCCAUUAGCAUUCACUUUGACCUGGAACAUGGAGGCUCUCAGGGGAGACCAAAGGGAAGUCAAAGACAGACCAGCAACGGGACAAUAGACUUAGAACAGGGGGGCUCCUUGACAGGGCGCCCCUCCUCCCUGACUGUCAGCCCCCCUUUGGAAAUGGAUGAGAUCCAUGACCGCAGCCCCUCAGACAAUUCCCUCACCUCAGCAGGAGUGGUGUGUAAAAACGCUCACCUCAUUAUCCGUCGCCAUGACAGCAACUCCCCUCAGGACACACCCAAUUGUGUCAGUCCGCCUCCCGUCACCUUGCAGGAGGGAGCGCAAAUGCUACGGGUACAUGACAUCACACUGGUGCCUGGCGACAACAGCAUCAUCCUCACCGCACCGAGCAACCAGCCAGGUUCGUACACGUUGCGUCAGCUGUGUGCUACGGUGGGUCAGGUGCACUUUGUGUUGCCUCACAUAUACCCCUCCAUCCAGUAUGACGUCUACUCUCAGGAGCCCCAACUGACUGUGGAGCCACUCUCAGAACCGCUGCUGGCCGGCCUGCCUCAGAUGGUCAAGUUCACACUGUUGACGGGUCACUAUGCGGUGAAGAAGGGCGACGCUCUGCAGCUUAGCAACAGUGACACUAUGCCCAUCCUAGCAUCCAGCAGCUGCACUGCCCGCAUCAGCAACACCACCGCUGUGUUGGCUGACGGCGUGCUUUCCAUCCAGUCAUCUGACAAGGUGACCAGCAUCAGCCUGCCCCCAACCCCACCCUACCACACCAUGGAAUUCCAGCUGGAGGUUCUGUGCAUCAUCCCGACAGGCCUGGACAGGCCCCCCAACGAGAGGCUGACCAACGGAGAGGUCCGCCAUCGGCCUCGCAGCUAUAGUCAUCUAGACACGCCCAUGACUGCUGUCGACCAGAGGAUGUCCAUCGACUGUCCGUGGUCCAUCUACUCCACCCUGCUGGCGCUCACCUUCUACAUCCCCUUCAAAACCAAACACUCGCUGCUGUCUGCCGGUAACAGGAAGUACAUCCAAGUGUGUGUGCAAAACGUGUCUGAUUCUAACUUCACACUGGCUGAUGUGAAGCUGGCAGAGAAACAGCACACAUCACUGGAGCUGCUGUCCCUCAACACUACAAUGAACCAGUUGUUGUGCAGCAAGCACAGUGUGUUCUGCUUGUGGGAGGUCAAAUGGAAGAACGACCUCCCCUCGUGUCUCCAGUGUGUCUUCUCCGCCAACUUCUCUCCUCCCAGUCAGGACGCCUCCGCCUUCAAGCGUUUCCACUACCACUUCCUGCUGGAGCGAGUCCCUACGUUGUACAGUGUGAGAGCAGAUAUCCUGCCUCCUGCCGGUGAGCGGCAUUGUCGCUCUGGCUCCCUCUGUGGGCUAGAGGUGUGUAUUACACGACUGUCUGAGCCUGCAGAGGGCGAACUGUCUGAAGAGAACAAGACUGAUGCUGACGGCCUCAGAACCACCAAACUGAUGUAUGAAGUGGCAGACAGCAGCAGUAACUGGGCUGUGUGUGGCAAGAGUUCGGGCAUGGUGGCAAUGCCUGUGGCCACAAGCUCCGCCCACAAGGUCCACAUCGAAGUGAUGCCACUGUUUGCAGGACAUCUGCCUUUCCCCAAAAUCAAAGUGCUCAAGUACCUGCCUCAUAACGCUGCAGUGGCCAUCCAGCCUGACCCUGACAGCCUAGUGGAAAACGACAGUCUGUCUCUGCUGGACAAGACACUGGACGAGCAGGCGGACACUGCUAGCGUGCGCAGUCGGGGCAGUGUGCAUUCACUAGGGGGACCCUGCGAUCAGCAGCAGAGGGGCGUGGCCAUGCCUCGGCUAGAGCCCUUCAGCCCCGGCCAGGUCUUCAACCACAGCCUGGCCCGUCAGGUGCUGGUGCUUCCCGCCACUGACGACCACAUCAUGGAAGUCAACGCCACGUGACCCGUGAGGUCAUUCACCCCAUUGCCUCCCACCCCAACCCUAAUACCGCCCUAGUAAGACUGAAGCCAGACCCUGGUGGACUCUGCUGAGCCAGGUGGGUCCAUGUCAAAAACUUGGCACUAUGGACCCCCAUUAACCCCUCUGUCCCCAGAGCAUGAACACGCUGCUCACCAUCAGAGAGAGCCAAUCACAUGAUUCAAUAUGAAUGAAGACUUUGUACAUAGCUGAUUGGAAGGAUAUAUGUAUAUAA